AUGAAGCGAGUGGCAGCCAAGCCAAGUGAUGCCGCCACGCCGGACGAGGCCCUGAGCGCGUCCGACUCGACGUGCUACGUGUCUCUCAGCGACCACAUCAAGCGCUCACGCACUACCAGCCAGGACGAGGGUCUCCUGCUGUCCUCCAUCCUCCCGGAGCAGUACACUGGGUCGGUGUGGAGUCUCGAGGCGCUGGCGAUCCCCAUGACGUACAUGAUCACGGGUCUGAUGUACUCGUUCCCGCAAGCCAACAUCGAGUACUUCCCAAGGACGUUGGGCGCCUCCGACGCUCAGCUCAGCACGGUGGCAGUGGUGCGAGCCCUGCCCUGGUCCUUCAAGGUGCUCUUCGGACUGCUGCCGGACGUUUUCCCGAUCUAUGGCCAGCGGUUCACGCCCUAUUUGUUCGUGGGCUGCGUCACGGCGUCCUUUUUCCACUUGUUGCUGUCGAUUCGCAGCGCCACGGACUCGCUGACGAUCGUGUCGUUCACGCUGCUACUGCUCGGUGCUACUGUUGGCGUCGUUAUGGCGGACGUGAUGGCGGACGCGUUGGUGGCGCAUCGGGUGCUGCUCCUGCAGCAGAAAUCGCCCAAGAGGUCAAUGGAGACGAAGCUACAGACGGAAGACGGGCGGAAACCCAAGCAACAGCCAGAGGGGACGCAUUUGCAGACCACGGUGUACCUCUGUCGGUUUGCGAGUGAAAUGGUGGGCUACUGGCUGGGAGCAUUGCUGAGUAACAAGUCGCAGUGGGGGUGGGGCGCCUCGAUGGGUCAGCAGUUCGCCUUCCUCGCGUUCAUUCCGAUGGUCACGGUACUCCCGUCGUUAAGGUACUUCUACGAGCCCACUGAAGAGAGCGGACCCAUGCCGCUAGAAGAGCAAGCAGCAGGGAUCUGGCUCAUGCUGCAGCGUCGGGCAACGUGGCAGCCAGUGUGUUUCCUGGUGCUAGCGAACGCCUUGUUCGUGCAGAAUGCGUCGUGGGGGAAUUUUCUGAAAGUCGCGUAUGAUUUCAGCGCCUUCGAGUACGGAUCACUGAGCGGUAUCGGAGCUACUGUCACGUUCGCUUCGAUUGUCGUGUACCGAUUGCAUAUUCUACCCCGAUACGAGGCGCCAUGGCACGAUGUGUACUUCGUUACGGGCUUCGUGGUCGCAGGCUUCUCGCUGCUGAACGUUCUGCUGGUGCUGCAAGUGAACGAGACGCUUGGGAUUCCUGCCUUUUGGUUUUCGAUGGGUGACGCUGCAGGUGAAUCGUUCGCUCGUGGGUUCCAGUAUCUCCCGGUGGCGCAAAUGUUCGUGGCAGUGUGCCCUGAUCACCAAGAAGGAGUGGCGUUUGCACUCCUCACGAGUGUGACGAACCUCGCGCAGGCGUUCGCCAACACGAUUUCGAACAUGCUGCUCCACAUUUGGCCUGUUGAACUCGAGGAUCUUCAGAGACGACCGCAUGACUUCAGUGGGGUGUGGAAACUGUCGGUGGUCACGAGUAUCAUCCCGUUGAUUCCGGUGGUGUUCUUGACGACCCGAUUGUUGCCCAAGGGACCACGUCAACUGGAAGAAAUGAGGCAUCACCUUUCCCCGGUGGGCGCUGCGGUUGUUGUGGGUCUCUAUGCGUUCGGAUUCGUGUGGGUGAUCGUAUUGAGUAUGCUAGCGAUAUUCUCUCCCUGUCAUGUGCUCGUAGGUGGGCACGGAUGCCACUAA